GACUGAAACUUUCCGAUGAAAAUCAGUUCACAAAAACACUUGAAACAGUCAACACUUCCUUUGUUGUCUUUAUCACCGACACAGUUGUCCUUGACUGGGACAAAAAUUCUGUUUACACGACGAGAGACUCUCAUCAAAAUUGGACGCGUGCAUCCGACCGAAGGGGAGGUAGGGAAAAUGAACAUUUCACCUCGUAGUGGAGCUAAAAGGGCGUCGGAGCCGGUGGACGAUUGGCUCAGGACUGAGGGAUAUUUCCGAAAAAAUGCACCACACGAUGCAACUUGUCUCUUUAGGGCUGUCAGUGAGCAGAUUUAUUUGACUCAGUAUUAUCAUCUUAAAGUUAGGGAGCAGUGUGUGGGAUUUAUGAGGAAGAACAAGGAGCUGUUUGAAGAGAAUGUGAAAGUUCCUUUUGAUAAUUACUUGGAUCAACUCUCCUGUGUCACGGAAUGGGGAGGCAAUAUUGAGAUACAGGCAAUGGCACAUCUCUACAAACGAGAUUUUGUGGUGUUCAAUGCCUCGAAGUUGGAGCGAUACCAGGCAACAGACAACGGUUUCAAGGAAUUUAUCUACCUCUGCCAAAUGGGGCCGAAGGUCUUCGAGAGUGUUUUCGUGAAAGAGGUCGUUUCCACCGCAGCUUUCUGCCAAUCACUGAUGUACCGCACUCUCUAUAAAGACGUCUUCGGCAUGUCGGGAAUUGAUGAGGUGGUCCAGAAUAUGUUGCACGAGCGAGCCCCGAGCAUGAGACACGCCAACUUCUUUCUGAAGAGUAAUCUGGAGCAGCGAGACCAAUUGGCAGCCGAAUUGCGCACCAAGAUGGACACGAAGAUGGAAACGAAGACGGACACGAAGAUAGAGGCAGACGACCUGGAGUCCUCCCAGAAGAGACAAGAGAAGGCACCAUUUCCAUAUCGAAUUGCCAAGGCCCUGGACCCGAACAUCUACCGCAACAUCGACCUAGACAUUUGGCAUGAGCUUCGUAAGGAAGUUCGCUGCACUGGCUGGACCCGCUGGAAUGACUCAGAGCUGCAGAUAGGAGCGAGGUGUCUCGUCCAGCUGGAGACAAAUGAGAUGAAGGAGUUAAACGUGACGAGUGACGAGCCCAACAAUAACAAGAGCCACGAAUCCAUCGUAACUCACGACUCAACGAAGAAAGCUCCACCUCUCCUGAAAGGUCACAUCCAGGAGAUGAGCAAGGACGAGGGUCCAGUGCUGGUGUACAUCGAGGAACUGGGUGAGAAAAAAAGUGUUCCCUUCAAGUCCCUGAAGCCUCUCCUGGCGACUCACAAACCCCAAUUGCCACUGGGAGUAAUCAGUCCUCGAAAAAACGUAUCCCACGAUCACUCCCACAAAUAUAGAAACAAGUGGACCCAGUCGGCAAGAAAACCCAAGGAAUACGCCAUGGACUCCAUGAACAACAACGAGGACUCGAAGAGGUCCAAUCAGUCCUGGGACAGCUACCAGAAUCCCACGGUGAUUCUCAAGCCUUUCACGUCGGUCGACAAUUACCACAAGAAUAAUUUCGUUAAUAAUGUGGAGGUGCGACCAGUCUCGAUAGUCCUGGAUAACGCUCAGCCCCUGAUGACUCCCAACGAUCCCAGAAUGGAGAAAGAGGAUAUUGUCAAGUCAUCAGUGUCACCAGGGAAUAAUAACACUCAGAUGAUGAAUAAUAAUAAUCCAAUGGUCACCAACAACAACGUUAACUUGGAUAAUUAUGAUAAAACUCAGGGCCAGGUGCAGGGACAAAUUCAAGGUCAGAUGCCAGGUCAGAUUCAGGGACAGAUUCAUGUGAUGAGUCACCAGGGACAAAUGAAUGAGGUGAUGAAUCCUCCUCCAGGGCUGAUACACCCCAUGCACACGACCCAGCCAUCCCCCCUACCUCCCCAUCAGGAGCCAUACUACACUCAAUCACAAACGAUGCCACCAAUUUACCCCACAGCACCCAGUGUCAUGUGUGUAUCCUCCGAAGGGAUGUAUCCAGUGCAGUACUAUGGACAGGAGCCACCCCCUGGUCAGGAGAGACCAUUUCGACCGAUAAAUAUCACUGCAGGAGUCAGCACUGAUAUCAAUGGUGCUGAUCUUCCUUACUCAGACCCAGUGACACUGAGAUUUUUUUACAAUUUGGGAAUUGAGUUCUUCAGGUGUGGCCAUAUAUGGCCCUCAGGUUCAGUUCCUUAUCCAUCCUCAUCAGUGUCAUAUGUUCCCAGUGGUGUUGUACCACUGGUGUCACCUGCUGUUGCUGCUGAACCCCCACAGAAUCUUCAGACACAACCCAGAAGGGAGGAGGAUAAUUUCAGGGGUGGUAAUUUUCAGGGGAAGAGGAGAGAUCAGGGGGAUCUGAGGAACGACCAGAGGAGGGAUCCUGGGAGAGAUCAGGGGAGGGAUCAGGGUAACUCUGGGAGAAAUUCUGGAAUGAGCUCUGACAGUCGUGGAAGUUAUCGGGGGAAUUAUUCCAGGAAGGAUCAGGGAUUUCCGAGGGAGAGUGGAGGGAAUUCGUACGAUUAUCAGAAGAAUAAGGGACAAUAUGGAGAGGAUAAGGAUGGGAGGGACAGGAAGAAUGGGAAUCGAUUUAAUAAUGGGGGGAAUAAUAAGAAAAAUGAUGGACGUGGACGUGGAUUUGAGAGGAAUUCAUUUCAGGAUUAUCAGAAGAGGGAGGGACAUGCUUUUAGAAGAGCUCAGGGGGAUCAGAUCCCUGGUAAUGCGCCUGGAAAUUCUGGAAAUACUCCUGGAAAUGCUCCUGGAAAUAUUCCUGGAAAUAUCAAUGUUCCAGUGGGUAUUCAGGGAUCUCCACACAUGGGAAAUCAAUUUCAGGGAUAUCAGCAGCAGCCGGUGUACAAUGAUGUCUAUUAUACUAAUGAGGGACAGUAUUAUCCACCCAGUGGUAAUUUUUAUCCUGUGGGAUUCAUCCCUCCUCAGGAACCACCUGAGAACCCGGGGGGAAAUUACGUUUGCACUGGAGUGGAGAAUUUUCAACCACCGAUGUCACCCAUGUAUCCUCAGUAUGUUUAUCCACCUCCUGGGGUUUAUACUGGAGUUAAUCCUGCUGGGGGACAGGAGAACUGGUACCCUGUGCCACAGGGGCCUCCGGGUUUCGUUCCUUAUCAAGUUCCUGUUACUCAACCACCUCCUAACAUGGGGAACCGACCACCCACCAGCUCGUAAGGUCAUCCUGGCGAGGGGAAUGGGAAGAUUUGAGAUCUUGACGUAUCAGCCGUCGGCGAAUUCUUGAUUAGAUUUUUUUUUUCCUGGGAGUUAUUAUCAUCUUCAAAAUGAGUUUUUGAACAGUUUUUUUGAGAUCGAGGGGUUGAGAACGGAAUCAAAAUUCAAAUGAUUGGAAAUAUUGUGAAUUAAGUGUAAUUGAAUUACACUCGUGUUCGAUCUGCUUUGGGGCAUGUUUGGGGCGGGGGAGGAUGAGAAUUUUUUGUCGAGAAUUUUUUGCGAGUCAGAGGCUGUCAAGUUUUGGCUUAUGUUGGAAUUGUAAUUGAAACGCGUCUUCCCAUUUUCCUGGUUAUUCUUUUGCUAUUUUUUUUAUGCAGAUCACUCACUCGGCUAAUCGUAUACUCAGGCUCAUGUGUUUUUUUUAUGCGAAGUAUGAAGAAACUGGAGUUCUUUGAGAGGAAUUUGGUAUCGUUUAGGUACAUGCAUCGUUUUUUUUUUCAUUAUAUGACUAAAUUACUUUAUUAACAUCACGUUUUGUUACAUUUUCUAUGCAAAAAUAAAGAUGCAGUUUUCAAAAGA